AUGACUCGUAAUUUGCGCCAUAGUGCUAGAGUUUCAGACGCCAAUAACGAAAUUUUAGAUGAGAAUGGUGUAACUCACACAACAGGAAGAUCUUUGAAGAAGAUCAAUUACGCUGAAGUAGAAAGUGGACUUGACUUCUUAGAUGAAGAAACCAAUAGUGAAGCACCAAAUGGAGAUAAUCAUGACCUUCAGGAAGAAACAGCUAAAGAAAGUCAAUUACCCAAUGAGGCGCCAAACGGUACCAAAGAUAUCUUUCCUGAAGAUGAAGAUGUACCGCAUACCUCUCGAAGAUCGGGUAGAUCAAGGAGAAGAAAGGUCCAUGACCCAGAGGAGGAAGAUGAAAGUUUCCAUGAGGAAGAUUUAUCGGAUGAUCUUUUGGAUGACGAUGCCUCUGAUUUGGACGAUGAUGAAGACAACGUUUACAAUAGCUCAAAACUUAGACAAAAGAGGAAUAGAAGAGCAGAUGAUCAAUUUGUCGUGCCUGAUCCAGAAGAUGAAGCGUUUACUGAAGACGGUGAAAAUGACGAAGACUACGGUCAACAAACGGGGAGAAGAACUAGAGGACGCCUUACAGGUAGGUCAACAAAUUCACCUAGCAAGACUACAAACUCCGGGAGACGUCUUCGCAGCCGAACAAGAUCGACAUUAUACAACUCCAAAGAGAAUUUAACAGAAAACAAUUCCGAAGAAGCUCUCUCACUAGCUGAUGAGAUUAGAGAACUUCAGGAGGAUAGUCCUAUUAGGGAAAAGAGGUCUCUAAGAGAACGUACCAAACAGGUUGAUUACAGAAUACCCCCACCCUUGACAAACUUUCCUGUCGAGGAGUACCCUACUGCUACUGCGUCCAAUAUUCCACCGUAUGCUACAGCAUCACCUAGACGUGGCCGUGGUGGAUGGAAUGCGUCUCAGAAUGCAGGUCCCAAUAGAAGGUUAUUUCCUACUGGUGGACCUUUUGGAGGAAAUGAUGUUGUUACUAUAUUUGGACAAAACACUAAUUUUUUUGGCCAAAACAACGCAAAUAACCCGAAACUAAUUUUGGACUCUGAUUCUUCUGAAGAUGAAAUUCUUCCUAUUGGCGGUAAGUCUAAAAGAAAACCAAAAAAUCCUUUGAGAGACCCUAAGAGAAAAAAGAAACCUGAAAUUGCUGAUUUAGAUCCUUUGGGAGUUGAUAUGAAUAUUAAGUUUGACGAUGUUGGUGGAUUAGACAACUACAUCGAACAGCUAAAAGAAAUGGUUUCGUUGCCUUUACUAUAUCCUGAGGUAUAUCAGAAGUUUAAUAUCACGCCACCGCGUGGUGUCCUAUUCCAUGGUCCACCAGGUACCGGUAAGACAUUAAUGGCGCGUGCACUUGCUGCCAGCUGUUCAAGUGAAUCACGAAAAAUAACCUUUUUUAUGAGAAAAGGUGCAGAUAUACUUUCAAAAUGGGUAGGUGAGGCCGAACGACAAUUAAGACUUUUAUUUGAAGAAGCAAAGAAACAACAACCUUCGAUAAUAUUUUUCGAUGAAAUUGACGGUCUAGCACCAGUCCGGAGCUCAAAACAGGAGCAAAUUCAUGCCAGUAUAGUUUCAACAUUGUUGGCCUUGAUGGACGGUAUGGACAAUAGAGGCCAAGUUAUUGUUAUUGGUGCAACCAAUAGACCGGAUGCUGUUGAUCCUGCACUGAGAAGGCCUGGACGAUUUGACAGAGAGUUCUAUUUUCCAUUGCCUGAUACGAAUGCUAGAAAGACCAUCCUAAAGAUUCAUACAAAAAAAUGGUCACCUCCUUUGUCAGAUGAGUUGAUUCAUCGAUUGGCAUCUCUAACAAAAGGAUAUGGUGGUGCAGAUCUACGAGCUUUAUGCACCGAAGCUGCUCUGUCAAGCAUUCAACGAACAUAUCCACAAAUUUAUAGAAGUAGUGGCAAACUGCUUAUUGAUACAGACCUAAUAAGGGUGAAUAGUUCUGACUUUACUAGAGCAUUAGAAAAAAUUGUUCCUUCCUCAAACAGGUCAGUUGGCGAGUCGUCUCAACCGUUACCUGAACCUGUGGACCAAUUGCUAGAUGUUCAGUUUGAAGGGCUGAAAUCAACAAUAAACGAUAUCCUGCCUGACGCACAUAUGAAAGUAUCUCAAUCUAAAUCUCUCAUUGAUGAAUAUAUGGAGUACGAAGAUUUCACCGAUGAUACUGGCUCUGAUGGGUUCUCUAAAGUGGAACUGAUUAAGCAAAUAACUAACUUACGUACUUUUAGACCUAAGUUACUAGUUACAAGUUCUCCAGGUAACGGCUUAUCAUAUAUCGGGAGUGCAAUACUGAACUUUCUGGAAAAGUUCAAUGUACAACGGUUGGAUAUUCCUUCUUUAGUAGCUGACAGUACAAGAACAAUAGAGGCUGCCAUCGUCCAGGCGUUCAUAGAAGCUCGUAAAAGACAACCAUCUAUCAUAUUUAUCCCAAAUUUUGAUAUCUGGAUGAAAACAAUUCCAUCCAAUGCUAUAAUGACGUUGAGUUCACUAAUGAAAUCUCUUGUCUCUGAUGAUAAGGUAUUUUUACUUUGCUUGUCGGAGUCACUUUCAGAACAAGAUUGUUAUACGAAUGAUUUACUAGCAUCAUUUGAAUUUGCUACCAAUAUAUUUGAGAUAGAAAAGCCGAACGUGAAGCAAAGAACUACAUACUUGAAGAAGACAAUUGAAAAUAUUAAAUUGCCACCCUCCGCCUAUAUGCUAAAGAGAAAGCGAACUGAACCAUUAGCAAAGCUGCCGUUAGCCAUUUCUGGAGACAGUAGUAAUGUAGAUGCUGAAGGUAAACCUCUCUCAAAGGAAGAGUUGCUGAGAAGAAAAUUGAAGGAAUUCCAACACCAAGAUAUGAAGCUGAAAAACGUUCUUAAAAUUAAGUUAUCUGGGUUAAUGGAUCUUUUCAAGAACCGGUACAAGAGAUUUAGGAAGCCUCCUAUAGAUGAUGCCUUUCUGGUGCACCUUUUUGAACCUCAAAUGCAAAAUAUCCCUAACUGGCAACCGGCCUAUGUAAAAGAUGAAAGCAUGAUAUUAGAGGUUGCUACUGGCAAGAGAUUCUUUAACAUGGAUCUUGAUAUCAUAGAGGAGAGACUUUGGAAUGGAUUUUAUUCCGAACCAAAGCAAUUCUUGAAAGAUAUUGAGUGUAUUUAUCGAGAUGCCAACACCACAGGAGAUAGAGAAAGGAUUAUAAAAGCAUCAGAAAUGUAUGCAAAUGCCCAAAUGGGUAUCGAGGAUAUUUCAACACCAGAGUUUAUCGCUGAAUGUAAGGCGACUAGGCAGAGAGAUAUUGAAAGACAAGAACUUUACCUUGAAGAUGAAAGAAAGCAACUAGUAAAUGUAUCAAAUUCUACUGACAAGUCAAGCGAUACUGUUGAUGUAGGUGUGGCUGCUGGAAGUCAGCUUCAAGUUGAAAAGAAGGAGAUCAUCGAAAAUGAGUUUUUACCAAGCUCUGGUCCUGAUUUAGCAACAAAUUCCAAUAAUGAAAUGAAACAAAUUUCAGUAGCUGGGAAUGAGUGUCAAGAAAAUUCAUCAAAUGAGCAACAGCCUUCGGAUCUCAAAGUUGACCAACUGGCUUCUACAAAGGACGACGAAUAUUCUACACUUUAUCCCGCCAGUUUGGACAAUGUUGACGAAGUUUCGACUAAAGAGGACAAACCAUCACAACCUCUUAAGGAAGACGUUGUUUCGAAUGAUGCUGAGAGUCAAUCGAACAGCAUAAGCUCUACUCAGGAACUCAUUGAAACUAAUAUCAGGACAGACAGACCAACAAACGUUCAUGUGAAACUAUCUAUUGAUGAAGAUAGAUUGAACAAUCUUUAUGAUAUACUAAUUGGGAAAACAGAUGGCUUUUCUGUUUCCCAAAUGGAAGCCUUAUGCUCUCGGGUAACAAAUAUUAUUUGGAAUCAUAGGGAGAACAUUGAAAAGAAUGAUGUCUUCAACCAGAUUGAACAUAUUGUAAACAUGCUAUGA